AUGAGCCUAUUAAAUUUGAUAAAAAUGCCGGAGCCAAGAGACCGAUUAUCGAGACCUAAAGACAUUUCGGCGAUGUUCAAUCAUCGAAGGAGGUCAAUCGGCGGUGGCAUCGGAAUUAUCGCUGAUGAAGAAGAGAUAGGCGUGGGAACUUUGUUUCGGUGGGGUGAUACGGCGAUGGCGGGGACACCUGGACAGAUGGGAGUGGUGGCUAUACGAGCAGGAGGUGGUGGUGGGAGGGUUAGUUUGGGGACUCCAAGAAUGGGAGGAAAUGGGCGUGCCCAACAUUUAUAUAGAUCGUUGACAGCGGUAGUGGGUUAG